UGUCACGACGACGCGUACGGUCCAUCAAAACAAACCGGGAAGCGCCUAGAGAGAGAGGGAGAUCAGAAUCAGAAGUACACAGCCUCUCUCUAGUUGUUGAUAAUGGCGGAAGAUCUGGUGCUAGACACGGCGAUCAGAGACUGGGUGCUGAUCCCGCUCUCGGUGGUGAUGGUCCUCAUCGGAGUGCUCCGCCACUUCGUCUCCAAGCUCAUGCGCUCCAACCAAGUCCCCGAUGCCAAAAUCGUCAAAGAAGGGCAAGUCAUCGUUAGGGCUCGGAAUCUACGUGCCGGCGCUAACUUUAUUCCUUUCAAGUCGUUUCGCGCUCGCAGAUUCUAUUACAGCAACGAGGAAAAUGGGCUAUUGUUUGUUCCUAAGGGCCAGGCUCAAAAUGCCCAGGCGCAAAUGUUCUCUGAUCCAAAUAUGGCUAUGGAUAUGAUGAAGAAAAACCUUUCAAUGAUUAUACCCCAGACUCUUACUUUCGCAUGGGUCAACUUUUUCUUCUCGGGAUUUGUAGCAGCUAAAAUACCAUUUCCAUUGACUCAGAGGUUCAGGUCAAUGUUACAGAAUGGAAUUGACUUGAGUACUGUGGAUGUUAGCUAUGUCAGUAGUCGCUCAUGGUAUUUCCUCAAUCUGUUUGGAUUAAGAGGUUUAUUUAGUCUCAUACUGGGAGAAGACAAUGCCACAGAUGAUACCCAGCGUAUGAUGCAAAUGAGUGGGUUUGGCUUUGAUCCGACAAGGAGCUUGGGUGCUGAGAAAGACAGUCUCGACAUAGUUCAGCAUGACUGGGCGCUGCCGAAAUUUGAGCAUCGUGCUGAAGCAGUUUUGAGAAAAGUUCUUAGCUGAAGAAUGGCGUCUGCUAAUUUGCAGCCUGACUGGAUCACAUCAUGAUUAUUUGCUACUUGUUAUGUAUUCCAGUGUUGGAGCCACAUCUUGAGUACCAUGGGGUGGCCAUGGCCCCAAAACUCUUUCAUUAUUAUCUAGUUGUACUCCUUCAAUAGAUGCUAGAUGACUUCCCGAAAGUUUCUCAACUCUCACAACAGCAGCCUAAAUUAUUUGACACUUUCAAUUUUCAUUUAGUAAAAGAAAACUUUUAAUCUUGAGAAAACAA